ACGCAUCGCGACCCGCUGCUGCAUGACGUACGUGUUAUCCGCACUUCUGGCAUGAUUUGCGCCAACCCUCCCCGACGACCUUAGUUACACCAUCCGAGUUGCGAAAGACGAACGACACGGCCGACGGCCCCAGAUGAAACCUCGACUUUGUCCUCGAUAGAUACCUCCGAUCCUAUUCUCGAUCGAUAUCCCGGCCUGGGUGACGGCACCCCACACGUGCCAUGCUUGAAGGUCUCGUUGCCGGGUUGCUUAACCGCUUCCUGGGCAUGUACGUCAAGAACUUCGACCCUACACAGCUCAAGGUUGGCAUCUGGUCCGGCGACGUCAAGUUGCGCAACCUCGAACUGCGCCGCGAAGCCCUCGAUCAGCUCAAGCUGCCCAUCAACGUCGUCGAAGGCCACCUCGGCGAACUCACCCUGACCAUUCCCUGGUCCAAUCUGCGCGGCGCUCCCGUCAAGGUCUACAUCCAAGAUGUCUAUCUGCUUGCAUCACCCAAGGAGGAGGCUGAGUAUAACGAGGAGGAAGAGGAACGCCGCAAACAGCGCAUCAAGAUGGAGAAGCUGGACUCCGCCGAAUUGCUCAAGGAGAGGAAUCAGGAAGGCCUCAGUCCCGAGGAACAAAAGCGCAGCCAGAGCUUUGCCCAGAGCCUCGUCACCAAGAUUGUCGAUAACCUGCAGGUUACCGUCAAGAACAUUCAUGUCCGCUACGAGGAUGCCAUCUCGGCCCCGGGCCACCCCUUCGCCCUCGGUCUCACUCUCGAGGAGUUCAGCGCCGUCAGCACCGAUGGAGAGUGGCAGCCUACCUUCAUCCAGGACUCUACCAAGACCACCCACAAGCUAGCUACCUUGGGUGCCUUGGCCGUCUACUGGGAUACCGAUGCAACACUUUUGGGUCCGGGACGCGAGGCUAUUACGCCGGGACAUCAGGCAAAGCCCCACGACGAGAUCCUCGCCGCUUUCGGAUCUAUGAUCGCCAAGACAGAUGGUGACCUCCCCGAGAACCAUCAAUUCAUACUCAAACCCGUCUCCGGUCAGGCCAAGCUGGAGCUCGAUAAAUCGGGCGAUACCACCGUUCCAAAGUUCAAGGCAAAUCUUCUCUUUGACGAAAUCGGUGUCGUGCUGGACGAUUAUCAGUACCGAGAUGCUCUUAUGAUGGUCGACCUGUUCCACUACUUUAUUCGACACCAAGAAUACAAAAAGUACCAGCCCAAGGGCGUUCGGCCCAAAGAAGAUCCCCGUGCUUGGCUCCAAUUUGCCGGCAAUGCUGUCCUGAGCAAGAUCCACGAGCGAAACAGGAGGUGGUCAUGGGACUAUUUCCGCGAGCGACGAGAUGACCGCAAACGAUACAUCGAGCUCUUCAAGAAACGCAAGCAAGGCCAGCAGCUCUCGCCUGAGGAGAACGAUGAUUUGACCAAGCUCGAAUGGAAACUUGAUUACGAAGACUUGCGAUUCUGGAGGUCCUUGGCGCGCAAUCAGCUCAAGAGAGAAAAUGCAGAAGCCCUCAGGAACCGUCCUCCUCCCCCGGCCCAACCUCAACAACAGGGCUGGCUUGCUUGGGCCUUUGGUUCCAAGCCUAGUCAACAGCAACAGCAGGAAAAACAACAGGAGGACGAGAAUACCCAAAUCACAGAAGAACAGCGCAAGGAGCUGUACGAAGUCAUCGACUGGGACGAAAAGACGGCUCUUGCCGCUGAGGUCGAUGUUCCAAGAGACACUGUUCAGAUGCAGCUCGAAGCAUCACUCAGCACUGGCAGUUUUACUCUCAAGCAGAACCCGCAUGGCGACUCCAGAGAUCUCAUCAGUCUGCAUUUCGAUGUCUUCAAGGCCAAGGGCCUCAAGCGCCCCGACUCGUUCCUUGCUGAUGUUAGCCUGGGUGGACUGCGCGUCAAUGAUGGCACUACACCCAACAGCCUGUUCAAAGAAAUUGUCCGUGUCAAGGAUGCUCCUGAUACCCAUCUAGCGCAUCGCAUGUCCAUUGCUGAACUUGAACAAAACAGCGAUGAAGCUUUCUUCCAGUUCCAGGUUGAACAAAAUCCCUUGGAUGGCCAGGGAGAUAUUGCAGUUACCGCCAAGCUGAAGCCGCUCGAGAUUGUCUGGAACCCCAACGUUGUCGUUGGCGUUGUUGACUUUUUCCGUCCUCCCGAGAGACACAUGGAUUCCAUCAAUGCGCUUAUGGAGACUGCCGGUGCCACAGUCGAGGGUUUGCGCGCGCAGACGAGAGCCGGCCUCGAGUUUGCUCUCGAGGAGCACAAGACGCUAAACGCAAAACUGGAUCUUCAAGCUCCGCUCAUCAUUAUCCCCGAGAGCAUCACCAGCAAGCAGUCCACCUGCCUCAUUCUGGAUGCUGGUCACAUCAGCGUCAACAGUGAACUGGUGGACAAGGACACCAUGAAGGAGGUGCAAUCCAAACAAAAACAGUCAUUCACGGAUGAGGAUUUGAAGACGCUUGAGUCGCUCAUGUAUGACCGCUUCCUUGUCAAACUUUCCUCUACACAGGUCUUGAUCGGGCCGUCCAUUGAGGAGACCAAGAAGCAAUUGGUCGACAAGGAUGACAAGAUGCUGCAUAUCGUCGACAAGAUCACCGUCGAUUUUGUAGUGGAGACAUCGAUCCUCCCCAAGGCCCCGAACCUGACAAAGCUCAAAGUCUCCGGUCACCUGCCCGUGUUGCAUGCCAGCGUAUCUGAUGCGAAAUACAAGAGCCUGAUGCGUAUCAUUGACGUUGCUAUUCCGAAACUCGCUGGAGCUGACGCCCCUUCGCAAUCAGCAGGUCAGCCUGGUAUGCGUCCCCGUUUGGCAAGCAACGCUUCAACGGCAUCGCACAGGCUGUUGGAGCAUAGGCCAUCGACCCAACUGCUACCCUUCAGUACCAGUCAUCAGCAAGCCAUCAUUCAGGAUGAUGACGACCUCGAAGAGGACGAGGACGCUUUCGAAGACGCCAAGGACGGUUCAGCAACCGAUCAGCUAAAGCUUCAACAACGCAAUUUCGAGUUUAAGUUUGCAGUGGAUGAAUUGAAGGGAUCGCUCUACCGUAGUGACCCAGAUGGAAAGGCUCCCGAUCAAUUGCUUGUUGAUUUAGUUGCUCAGCGCUUCGACCUCCAGUUCUACAUCCGCCCCUUCGACAUGUCUGCUGAGGUCUCGCUCGGGUCGGUCACUGUGGACGACUUCGUCGACAACCCGCCAGCUGAGUUCAAGGCUAUCGUAUCAUCUGGCGAUGUUGAAGAAAGUGGAGAAGUCCAGGACUUGGUCCGCGUCAAGUUUGUCAAAGUCAGGAAGGAUUCGCCCGAGUUCAUGCCUGUGUAUGAUGGCGUUGAGACAAACUUGGAUGUGGCAAUUUCUACCAUCAAUCUUGUCGUAACGCGCAAGACACUACUCACACUUCUUGACUUCGUUCUCGUCACUUUUACCAACACUGGUAAUUCCAAUCCUCCGCCUCAAAACGCUAUUACCGAUGAUGGCUCGGAGACCAACAUCGAGGUUGAGCCGCCAGCCCCUCCUCAACAGACUGCGGACGGUGCAAUUCGGGUCAAGGUUGAUCUUAAGAGUAUCAGGCUGAUUCUGAAUAACGACGGCAUCCGUCUAGCUACCCUGUCUUUUAACCAUGCCGAUGUUGGGGUGUUUAUCCUCGGAAAGACCAUGCGUGUUGCCGCAAGACUCGGCGAUUUGAACCUUGUUGACGAUGUCAAUCUUGGUGUCUCGGAGGAUUCAAGCAUACGCCAGUUGGUAGCUAUUCAAGGAGAAGAGCUUGCUGAUUUCCGCUACGAGACAUUCGAUUCCGGUCGCCCCGAAUCGUAUCCUGGAUAUGACUCCUCGAUUUACCUGCGGGCUGGGUCUGUCAAGAUCAACUUCUUGGAGGAACCUUUCCGCAAGAUUGUCGAGUUCCUUGUUAAGUUCGGCAAGAUGCAGGCUAUCUACAACGCCGCCCGCCAAGCUGCUGCUAAUCAAGCCAACCAGUUCCAGCAAAGUCCAAGCAAGGUCAAGUUCGAUGUCGUCGUCAAAACUCCCAUUGUCGUGUUCCCCAGAGAUGUCCAUCCCGAUCGGCCCAAGCGUGAUCUUAUCACAGCUUAUCUUGGUGAGAUCUACGCACAGAACAAGUUUGUACCGCUCGACGACUCGGAGAAUGCCGAUAUCGCCAUGAAGUUAACUGCAGGCAUCCGCAACAUCAGACUCACUUCCAACUUCCAUUACACUGAUGGCCAGGAGGAAGAACUCGAGCUCAUCGACAAGGUUGACCUUGGGUUCCAAAUUACCUAUGCGGAACACAAGGAGGGCGUAAAACGGCCAGAUCUGGAGAUCGAGGGCAACAUGUCAGACUUCAAUCUGCGGUUGACCCAGUACCAACUAAACUCGCUGCUCGAGAUUUCGCGUUCCGUCCCUGCUGCCUUUUCUGGUGACGCAGAACAGAACAGGCUCGAUGCCGAACGCGAAGUUGACGACAGGACCCUUAAUAGAGCCAGGACCAUGUCGGGCUUUGACGACAACGGCGGCAAUGAACAGCUCAUUGAUCUGGGCCCGGAGCUUGGCCCGCAAGCUGAGACCUGGACGAAGCUGGACCUCAUCUUUACUGUCAACACCAUUGGUUUGGAGCUGAUCAACGCUCCGGAGGACCGCCCUGUUGGUGAUCUCGAUGCCGCGAGUCUGUCCAAAUUCAGUCUCGAUUCCAGCAGAUUGAAGACCCGCAUGGACUCCAACGGAAGUCUUGAGGCCGAGUUUGUCAUUCAGUCUUUCACAAUCUACGAUACUCGCCAACGCGAGACCAACAAGUUCCGUCGCAUCAUGACAAGCGGCAACAAAGACGUUCAGCAGCUAAUGGCCAGCGUUACCAUGUCUGGAGGCAAGGAAAGGAACAUUAUUGCCAUGGUCGCCAUUGAUAGCCCUCGCGUCAUCUUUGCACUUGAUUACCUUUUCGCCAUCCAGAAUUUUGUCACUGUUGGCCUGAAAGUACCGGAGCCUGAGGUCCCAGAGAAGAGCCCGCUCGACACGCCUGAUGAUAUGAGUGAUGCAGACUCUAUGGCAGUUUCAUACACCGGCAGACGGUCCGAAAGCAUUGAUCAGCGGGGUGAGCCCUCUGACCUCCAGACGGAGCCACCGAAGCAGGAGUCUAAGACGCGCAUUGCCUAUCGGGUCAACGUGGUCGAUGCUCAGGUCAUUUUGAUUGCGAACCCGCUCAGCUCGAGUUCCGAGGCCAUUGUCUUGGGAACCAAGCAAGUUCUUCUGUCGCAACAGCAUGUAUUGACCUUCCAAAUUUCCGAGUGCGGAAUGUUCCUGUGCCGCAUGGAUCGUUUCGAUGAUACACGCUUGAGGAUCAUCGAUGACUUCUCAGUUCAGAUGUCCAUGGAUACGUCAAAGCCGUCCACCACAAACAUUCAUGUUGAUAUUGAGCCACUUAUCCUCAGAGUGUCGCUGCGGGAUAUUUUGCUCGUUAUGCAAAUUGUGAGCAAGGCAUCGGAGUUGUCAGGCAACGAUCCCACCGAGCCGAAGGGCACGGCAUCGGAUCAGAAAGCGAAGCAGCUCAAAUCUUCCGACAUGAAGCAACGAACCGCCAGUGGCAAGGGAACAUCAACUGUCGCGAACAAGUCCAAGCGCACGGGCACCAAAACUGGGGCAACUGAUCCUCGGUCCCAGAAGGGAGGCCAGCAACCGCAUGAUAUCACCAAGACACCGCCAAGAUAUGAGCAGCUCACGGCAGCAAUUGAAGGAAUUCGGGUUGUCCUCAUUGGAGAUGUGCAUGAACUUCCUAUUCUUGACUUGAGCAUCAAGUCAUUCACGACUAGCGCAGAGAAUUGGUCGUCAAACCUAAAGGCGGAGGUAGCGAUCGAGAUGUACACCAACAUUUACAACUUUGCUAAGUCGGCCUGGGAGCCGCUCAUUGAACCUUGGCAAGUGGGCUUCGGGGUUGCCCGUGAUCAAAGCACCGGCUUGAUGUCAGUCGAUGUCUCAUCCAAGAAGACAUUCGAUGUGACCCUUUCCACUGCCAGCAUUGCACUGCUCUCCAAAUCAAUGGCGUUCCUUACUCGGGAUCAGGACGUGCUAGGCAAGCCUCGUGGCGUCGAAGCGCCAUACCGUAUCCGCAACUACACGGGCUUCAACAUCAUCAUGCAGGCCAAGAGAGAGGGCACCGAAGAUACUACACCCCUGCGUCUUGACGAUGGCCAGGAGACUCCUUGGAGCUUUGAGAAUUGGGAAAAGGUGCGAGAAAGUCUCUCCGGCGAAAGCAACAGCACUGGCAAUGUGGCCAUCCAGUUGGAGGGCAGCGGCUUUGACGCAGUCAAGAACAUCCGAAUCAAUCGCGAGGGAGAAUUCCUCUAUGCCCUCAAACCCAAGACAGAUGAGGUGCUGCACAAGCUCAUGGUCGAUGUGAAACUUGGCACAGACAAUGUCAAGUAUGUUACUCUGCGCAGCCCGCUAUUGGUUGAGAACGACACCGACAUACCAGUUGAGCUUGGCGUCUAUGACGCUCAGGAAGGACAUCUGCUCAAGAUCGAAAAGAUCGCCCCUGGCGAUAGCAGGCCUGCCCCCGUUGGCGCUGUCUACAUGAAGAGCUUGCUCGUCCGCCCUGAUCCAGGGUUUGGAUAUGGCUGGAGCAAUGACACACUCUGGUGGAGAGACCUUCUGAAACGUCCGACCAAGACGUUGAUGUGCAAGGGUGAACAUGGAGAUCCAUUUUACUUCCAGCUGUCGGCUCGAUAUGACAAGGCCAAUCCGACAACAAGGACCUACCCGUAUAUGCGCUUGAAGCUCUCCGCCCCCGUCACCAUCGAAAACCUACUGCCGUAUGACUUCAAAUACAGGAUCUACGACAAGAACACCAAGAAAGACUGGUCCAACUUCCUUCGCAAGGGCGGGGUUAGCCCUGUACACGUUGUCGAGCUGUCCCAUCUGCUCCUCCUUAGUAUCGAUAUGCAGGAUACCGUCUUCAAGCCAAGCGAAUUUGCGAUCAUCAACUCCGGCACCUCUGAGGACUUCCGCAAGGAGACAAACCUUGUCUGCAAGGACGAUUCCGGUCAGGCGCUCAAUCUGAAGUUGCAUUACUUCCGCAUUCCCGAUAGCGGUGGCGCGUUCAAGGUCACUGUCUACUGCCCCUACAUCAUCCUCAACAAGACGGGGCUCGAUGUAGGCAUUCGCUCCAAGGGCUUUAUGCAGCAUGCCAAAGCGGCGGCCGGCCAGAUUUUGGGUGAUGCCGAUGAAAGCCAGCGCAAAGCCCAACCAAUCAUGUUCUCCUUUGGUAGCGAUGACCACAGAAACCGCGCAUUGCUCAAGGUUGCCGAUUCCGACUGGAGCAGACCGCAAAGUUUCGACGCCAUUGGAAGUACCACCGAAGUGGUGCUCAACUCACCCUCUCGCAAUGCCGAGAUCCAUCUGGGUGUCACAGUCGACACGGGCCAUGGCAAGUACAAGAUGGUGAAGACGGUCACGCUUGCACCGAGAUAUGUCAUCCAGAAUAGGCUCGGCGAAGACAUCAACAUCCGAGAGCCGAGUUCGUCGUCACUUCUUGAACUCAAGGCCGGCGCUCUUCGUCCGCUGCACUUCCUUCAAAGAGGUGCUGUCAAGCAGCUCUGUCUCUGCUACCCGGGUGUCGAUAACCAGUGGACGGCUCCCUUCAACAUCUCAGAUUUGGGUACAACGCACAUCAAGAUCGCUCGCGCCGGUGAACGGCAAAGGCUCAUUAGGGUUGAGACACUCAUGGAGGAAUCGACUAUUUUCUUGAACCUGACUAUGGAAACGAAGAACUGGCCCUUCUCGAUGCGGAACGAGAGUGACACUGAGUUUACGUUCUACCAAGCAAAUCCGAACAUUGACGAGGACGGAAUCGAAGACCGCUCCGGCUGGCGUCCCGUGCGUUACCGUCUUCCGCCCCGGAGCAUCAUGCCCUACGCGUGGGACUUCCCGGCUGCCAAAAACAAGGAGAUUUGCAUCAGCGCCAAUGGCAAGGACCGUCAUGUGAAGUUGGCAGAAAUUGGUAACCUGAUUCCGAUGAAGUUGGUUGGCCCUGAUGGCCAGACCAAGGUCAUCGACAUCAAUGUCAUCGCCGAUGGGCCUACACAGACUCUGAUCCUGUCCAACUUCAAGCAGUCAAAGAGUCUGUACAAGCAAAAGUCUAAUGCCGGCUCGACAGACCGUGGCAUUUUUGAAGCGAAGGAAUUGGAUACAGGUGUCACUUUCCGUGCGCAGCUGAGACUAUCCGGCAUUGGCAUUUCGCUGAUCAAUUCCCAACUGAAGGAACUGGCCUACAUCACCUUCAGAGAUGUGCAACUUCGAUACAGCGAUUCACAUUUGUACCAGACUAUCAGCCUGGCUGUCAAGUGGAUCCAAAUCGACAACCAGCUGUACGGAGGCAUAUUCCCCAUGAUCUUGUAUCCCAGUGUCGUGCCAAAGCGCGCACAAGAGAUCGAGGCCCACCCGUCGUUGCAUGCCAUGGUAACUCGUGUCAAGGACGACUCAUACGGUGUUGAGUACAUCAAGUAUGCCACGGUCCUCCUGCAGGAGAUGACUGUCGAGCUUGAUGAAGACUUCAUCUAUGCCGUACUCGAUUUCUCAAAGGUGCCGGGUGCAUCAUGGUCUUCAUCCGAUGAAGAGGACAAGCUGUGCGAUGACAACAUUGACAUUCCGCAGCCGAAGCAGCUGGCGGCUGGCCGUGACAUCUACUUUGAGGUGUUGAACAUCCAACCGAUGCAGCUCGACUUGUCAUUUGUGAGAACGGAGCGUGUAAACGUGGAAGACAAAACAUCAUCAAAGAACCCAAUCAUGUUCUUCUUCAACGUCAUGACCAUGGCCAUUGGCAACAUCAACGAUGCCCCCGUUCGGUUCAACGCCCUCAUGCUCGAGAACAUGCGCGUCUCUGUUCCGGUUCUCAUCCAGAAUAUCUCGAAUCACUACAGUCAAGAGGCUCUCUACCAGGUACACCACAUUCUGGGAAGUGCCGAUUUCCUGGGCAACCCGGUUGGUCUGUUCAACAACAUCAGCUCUGGCUUCGCCGAUAUCUUUUACGAGCCAUACCAAGGUCUCAUCAUGUCCGAUAGGCCUGAAGAUUUCGGCAUUGGUCUAGCCCGUGGCGCCGGUUCCUUCUUCAAGAAGUCCGUUUUCGGCUUCAGUGACUCUUUCUCCAAGGUCACUGGUAGUUUCGCCAAGGGUCUCGCGGCUGCCACCAUGGAUAAACAAUUCCAGGACCGUCGCCGCAUCACACGUGCUCGCAACCAUCCCAAGCACGCCCUCUUUGGCGUCACCGCCGGUGCCAACAGCCUGUUCACCUCGGUUGCAUCGGGUGUUGGAGGUCUUGCCCGCAAGCCGCUCGAAGGUGCAGAGCAGGAAGGUGCUCUCGGCUUCUUCAAGGGAAUUGGCAAGGGCGUGGUUGGUCUGGCAACCAAACCGGCCAUUGGUGUCCUAGACUUUGCCUCCAAUGUUAGCGAAGGCGUGCGCAACACCACCACGGUCUUUGACGGGUCCGAACUCGACCGCGUCAGACUACCGAGGUAUAUCCCCCCGGACGGUAUCAUCAGGCCAUACAGUCAACGUGAGGCGCUAGGCCAGAGCUGGCUCAAGCAAAUCGACAAUGGCAAGUACUUCGAUGAGCAGUACAUUGCCCAUCUUGAGCUGCCAACCGAGGAUAAGGUGGUUAUGGUUACAUUUGCGCGGAUCUUGCUCAUCAGGAGCAGGAAGUUGCAGACGGAGUGGGAUGUGCCACUGAAGGAUGUGCAGACCAUUGCGAAGGAGAGGACGGGCUUGAGCUUGACGCUGAGAGGAGGAACCAAUGGACCCUUUAUUCCCAUUGGAGAGGAAAGUGGAAGGACGUUUAUAUACCGCCAGGUGGCGAUUGCUGUGGAGGAGUUUAAUCGCCGUUUCCGGGGUUUGGAAUAAGGAAGGGGUGAAAACGGGUUGACGAAUGAUGCGAUGACGGUAUGAGGUGGGAACAGGUCAGUGCUGAAAGGCGAGCUCUUUUUCUUUUUCUUUUUCUUUUUUUGUUACGAUGCUAUGAGGAAAAGAAAAACAUGGAUAUGAGCUGUGGUGGUUUUUUUUUUUUUUUUUUUUGGCUUUGAUGGUUUGGUGAGCUCCGAAGUCAGAAGGUCAGGGUGUUGUUGAUGAUGAACGAUGCACGAUUCCCCUAGAACCAAAAU